AUGGCGACUUCGGUGGUGGCAGAGGGCGAUGGCUUCGACGCCGUGCACAACGGAGGCACCUUUGACGUCCGCUUUGGCGCAGACAUCUUUCAGCGAGCCGCGGCACCGGCAGCCGGCUCUCGUGACACUUUCGAAAAACUGCCGCCUCAUUUCAAGCCAAGGCAAAUCACCACGCGCAAGCGGCAUCUAGCGGGUGAUAGCGUUGCCCAGGGUCCCUGCCCGGGCCAACGUCACGGCCAGGGUCAUUACCGGCCAUCAGAUGUUGCUUUGGCCAGCGGGCGGAAGAAACAUGCCAUGACGACCACUCCUUCGGCUCCCCAUCGAGCAGCCAGACAAGCUUCAUCCAAAUUGCGACGUCGACCGGCCGUUGAUUCUGAGACGUUUCAGCCUCUCGAUUGCGUUCGAGAAGCAUCUGAUCCGUUCAUCAACAAGCACCAUUAUGAGAACACGGGGCCACCCUCCACUCGUGCAUCUCAAGAGCGCUUUGCCGAAGUCUACGAUCUCCUCAAGGACACGGUUGCCGAGGGCUCUCUCUGGGAGCAAGUCAAGAGACACUCGGCGGGCCAGUUUGAAUGGCUGAUGACCCAUCUGCCGUCCAAUAACUCUUCCAUUCACGACAGCUCCUCGGAAGAAUACGCUGCUGAACACGGAGGGGACGACAAAGUCUACGUCUGCAACCUGGUCUUGCAGAAGAAAAGGGGACCGCAUAGCGACAGCGAGUGCCCGCUCAAUUCAUACUAUUUACUGGCCACGCCGCUGCAGUACAGCGCCAAUUGGACCGUGGAGAUGCACGAACCUCGGAUUGCCGGCGAUGACGACUCCGUCACCUGGGUCGACAACAGCUGUCCGGGAACGCCGCCCAUGAAGGUGCCCGAGAUUGUUCUAGCCGUCGAAAGUGCAGUGUCACCAACAUUCACCGCAGUGAGCGACAGAAGCUUUGGAGAAAGCUCGUCACGGGCCACAUCAUUUUCUCUACCGCGCAUAGAAGACUCGCUGGAGGAGCUGGAUCGGCUCGAAGACCAGCUUGAGGCACUCAACGAGUUUACGAGUCCUCGGCAGCUGGCCCUGGCGACGAGAACUCCACAACCCAAGGCCGUUGCAUCCCAGCCAAGUCCAGAGGAGGCAAUGAGGGCAAUGAAGAGAUCAAUGGCAGCAUGUACGCCAGCCACGGUCCGCAUCAAGCCUGCCGAAAAGGUCAGCGCACCACCGCGUCGAUCUAUAUCUCUAACGGUACGGGAGAAGAACCCAGAGGAGCCCAUCAAGGGAUCCUCGAGCCACCGGUCGGGCCUCGGUGUCUUUAUGUCUAAGGCCGGAAACACCCUGGCGACGGUGGCCAAGUCUUCCCUCCGGUCUUCGAAAGCGCCCACGAUCCCCAGUUACGAGCUACCAGGUAAGGCUGUAGCUCGACGAUUGAAGGAAGCUGGUCGCGACACCCGCGAGGCGCAUCAUACAGCAGCUCAAAAGGCGCUAGAUGCCCCUCCAAAGCCGAGAAGCAACAACUGUCCCUCCAAGCCUACCUUUGAGCUGCCCGGAGAUACCAUUUCCCGCCGCAAAAGGGAGGAAAUGGAGGCCAAGCUGCGGGCCGAGGAAGAGGAGCAGCGCAAGAGGCGCGAGUUCAAGGCGCGCCCCGCGAAGCUAGCUUCUACGCCAAGCACCCUUCCGCGAGAUACGGUGGCAAGCCGGGCUCGUCAAGCCAAGAUACAGGAGGAGGCGGCCGAGAGACAGGCUGCCUCGUCCCAGAAGAAGGUGAAGCGGCUUUCGCUGGGCCUCGUGCGCGACGAGCCCACGACGCCCACCGUAAGCAAGGCGGAGAAGUCGCGUUUCCGAGGCUCCAUGAUGGCGGCUGCCGAAUCUAUCAACCGAUCGAUACUGUCGUCGAUGGUCAGCGCUGCUAGGAGUAAGAACCCUCUGUCGGUUGACAGCAUGGUGACACGGCUGCGGCCCCGGCCCAAGGAAAUCCAGGAUUCUCCCAGCCUCAAGGAGAAGAAGAGCCACGACAAGCUUGACAGGCCGAUGACAGCCAAGGCUGCCCGAGACGAGGCUGCUGAGCGCUCUAGAAUAGCGAGUCGAGAGUGGGCGGAGAAGAAGCGUCGCAAGGAGGCGGCGUCCAUGAAGCAGGCAGCGGGUCAUUGA